UUUUAGCCUACUGUCUGUGAGAUCCUUCCAGUUCCCUAUCCAAAUACCGUACUUGAUAUUGGUUUUAACCUUCACUACAACACCUUCUUGGUGAACUAAGGACUUCUGUUAAGCAAGUGUCCAACAUCUCUCUUAAAAAUGAGUGAGGAAAUGCGAAACCAUGGCAGGAGCAGGAAGAGGAAACGGUCCUCUCGACAGUCUCGCCGAGCUGUUCAGCCAAACAGCAGCUACUACAUUCUUUCUAGCCGGGAAGGAGACCCCUCACUGCCAGGCACAUCCACAGCAACCUCUAUCAGUUACCACACUGAUCUAGAGCAGCAGCUGAGAGCUGACUCCCUCUUUCUUCUGAGGAGUGAUGUUCUUAUUCUGGAUGAUGAGGACUCAAGACGGUCCAAGAGGUCUAGACCAGUUGGGUCCUCCAUGCCAACCAAUGGCAGAAGGUCCCCACAACCAGGGACCUCACGAGACCUCUAUGCCCCCUCAGAAUUGCAACAGAGAGCAUGGUCACCAUCUUCACCAGACAUACCCAUUGCCACUAUUAGUGAUAGUGAAGAUCCUGCAUUGCCAUCUAUGACAAGGGCAGACACACCGAUCUUCAUUACUGAUAUCUCUGAUGAUCAAGAUGAACUUCCGGACAUCUUUUUUGUUGGCAUGCUUGGCACUCCUUAUAUUGAGAUGGAAUUCAACCUGGUGGACGAAGUCGUGACCCUUUGGGAGAUCCACAACCACCUCCCUUUGAAUGUCCCUUAUGACCUUCCCACCAUGAUCUUCAACCCCGAGAACGCAAAUGAACAAAGUGAUUGUAGGAUCUGUCUGAGCAACUAUGUGGAAGGAGAGGAGCUCACGAUUCUGCCCUGCAGCCACAAUUUCCACAGCAACUGUGUGAAUCAAUGGCUUCUGCAGAGCCCCACCUGCCCCAUGUGCAGAACACAAAUGAAUUAGAGCACCGUAAACUGAGGGACUACUUCUAUUUUA